GAGAGAGAGAGACCACACUUGGAAAAUUCUCGCAGCCAACGGGACGCGCAGUGUGUUGCACGCGGUUUUAUACAGCGCCGAUGUGCACGCGUGCCCCAUGCGGGUGUGCGUGUAUGGUGUCCUUUAAACUUGGCUAUCGGGUCCGAUCACAACAUUAAGUGUUGUGCACGCCUCGUCUCCGGGGAAGGGCACGCGCGCACUACAGUGUAUCUACAGCCUAUUAUUGCAGGCUCGUGAGAUGCCUCGCGGUGGGCCGUAUCUAUUUGCUCAUGCCGUAGAUAGGGCGCUAUAAUGGGUUACAUCACACAUGCUGGGGCUGGGAACAGGAGGGACGCAGGAAUUGAACAAACACCCGAGUUUAGUAUUUGAGAAAUGAGCACACGUCCUCUUUACACUGAGCCCCGGGUUGUGGAACGGGUACGUGGCGUCGGUUAAUCCUCGAGUGAAUAAUCAAACUUUUGAAUGGAGGACGGAGUCUGUCCAGUGACCAACUACUACCAGCGGAUCCUCCUGCCGGUGUCCUACAGCCUCGUGUUUCUGCUGGGCCUGACUUUAAACGGCGCCCUGCUGCGGUGCGUGUGCGCUCCGACGCGUCACCGGAGCGGCACGCUCAUCUACACGACCAACCUCGCCGUGGCGGAUCUCCUCUACGUGCUCACGUUGCCCCCGCUCGUCGUCAGCGACGCCAUGGGCGAGCUGUGGCCCUUCGGCGACAUCCUCUGCAGAGGCGUGAGGUUUUUGUUCUUCGUCAACCUGCACUGUAGCAUGGGGUUCCUCGCGUGCGUCAGCGUGCACCGGUUCCUCGGGGUGUGCUUCCCCGUAGCCGCUGUGCGUCUCAGGUGCGGGACGCUGGCCCGGUUGGCGUCGGGCUCGGUUUGGGUGCUGGCCACGGCGGAGCUUUUACCAACUCUGGCGUUUGCGCACACGGGCGUGAUUAACAACAGGACGGUGUGCUUUGAAAUGACCAACCCGGGGCAAUUUAAAGUAUACUUCCCCUAUGGGCUGUUUUUAGCCCUCGUUGGUUUUCUGAUCCCAUUCCUGGUUGUCAUCACCUGUUACUGCUCCAUGGUGACGGUGCUCUACUGGAGGUGCUCUUCGCACGCGAGGACGGCCCGAAUGCGCAGCAAGUCCAUUCACAAGGUGCUGGCCGUGUUCCUCGUGUUCGUUGCGUGUUUCGUGCCUUAUCACAUCGCGCGGACCGUCUACUUGUUUGUCAGGGUCUACCUGCCCGGAAACUGUCAUCUUCUCAACGUGUCCAUGAUAGCCUUCAAGGUGUGGAAGCCGCUGGUCAGUUUUAACUGCUGCGCCAAUCCUCUCUUCUACCUUCUGGGCAGUGACCGGCAACGUCAAAAGCUUCGGACGUGGGUGUGGAAGACGACACGGGUGCAGCCCAUCGUGUGUGUGGUGCAUGAGGGGGACAAACACCGGCCAGGAGGGUAGAGUUCUUGCAUCAAAGAUGUUAUCAUGGGUCAGAAGGUGGCAAUAACAAUGUGCUGUAUGCCGUGUUUGAUAAUCAUUUGUAUCAUUUUAUUUCUAAGAAUAUGUGAAUAAAAACAUUCAACAGCCAA